CUGCUAACGCUGACGUCGACUUCUGCACAGAAAUGGCGGCGUUGACAGCAGUUGUGCAGAUGAGCCGGUCGAAUUCUCCAUCAGCGAACAAAAUGAGGACCCACAAAAGGUUCCAACUUAUGGACUGUAGUGUGUUUUUACUCGUGUUGCUAGCCUCAAUGUUGCAUUGUGCCCUGGCUGACGGUAAGACGUUGGUUCUACUGGACAACCUCAACAUCAGAGACACCCAUUCAAUGUUCUUCCGCAGUCUUGCGGAUCGUGGUUUUGAUCUGACAUUUAAGACCGCUGAUGACCCCUCUUUAUCGCUGAUCAAAUAUGGCCAAUUUCUUUAUGACCAUUUAAUCAUCUUUUCACCAUCUGUUGAAGAUUUUGGAGGAAAUAUCAAUGUGGAGACUAUUACAUCCUUCAUUGAUGGUGGAGGCAAUGUCCUGGUCGCUGCCAAUUCAGAUAUUGGUGACCCUCUGAGGGAGUUGGGCAGCGAGUGUGGCAUUGAGUUUGAUGAGGAGAAGACUGCUGUUAUUGACCAUCAUAAUUAUGAUGUGUCUGAUCCUGGAGAGCACACCCUGAUUGUGGCUGGCCUAGAGAACCUGCUGAAAGCUCCCACAAUUGUUGGAAAACCCACAAACAAACCUGUUUUAUUUAAGGGAGUUGGCAUGGUGGCAGACCCAGAAAACCCUCUUGUCCUGGACAUCCUUACUGGCUCUUCCACUUCCUACUCCUUUUUCCCUGACAGACCAAUCUCUCAGUAUCCUCAUGCUGUUGGCAAAAAUACGUUGCUGAUCGCUGGCCUUCAAGCCAGAAACAACGCUAGAGUCGUUUUCAGUGGCUCACUUGAUUUCUUCAGCGAUGCAUUCUUCAACUCUGCCGUGCAAAAGGCCACACCUGGGUCCCAGAGGUAUGAGCAGACAGGUAACAAGGAGCUGGCUGAGUCUUUGUCUCGGUGGGUGUUCAAAGAGGCUGGAGUCCUCAGAGUUGGAGCUGUGACCCAUCACCCUGUGGGAGAAACCACUCCUCCAGCAGCAUACACCAUCACUGACCUUGUGGAGUAUAGCAUUGUCAUAGAGAUGUUGUCUGAGGGCCGCUGGGUCCCUUUUGACGGAGAUGAUAUUCAACUUGAGUUUGUAAGGAUUGAUCCUUUCAUCCGAACGUAUCUUAAGAAAAAUGGAGGUAAAUACAGUGUCCAGUUCAAACUGCCUGAUGUUUAUGGAGUCUUCCAGUUCAAGGUCGACUACAACCGACUGGGGUACACACAUCUCUACUCCACCACUCAGGUAUCAGUGCGUCCGCUGCAGCACACUCAGUAUGAGCGCUUCAUUCCCUCAGCCUUUCCAUACUAUGCCAGCGUAUUCUCUAUGAUGGCCGGACUCUUUGUCUUCAGCAUUGUCUUCCUGCACAUGAAAGAAAAGGAGAAGUCGGACUAAUGCAAACGAAAGAUAAUGAAGGGGGGAACAAGAUUAUAAAAUGGAACAUAUGAUGUGGAAGUUUGCAAUUGAAUGUUUUUAACCCUCCGAUAGGGAUGUGGAACUGCAGUCCUGUGUAAAAAAUACAGUUUCUGUUUGGAUAGUGGAGCGUCAAGUAAUCUACAUCUGGUGGCCAAAGAGGUGCUGACUUUCUUAUAAUGCAGUUCAGUGAUUGGGCUUUUCUUAGAUCUGGAUAUGUACUGUCGGUGUUUUGUAUAAAGUUGAUUUAGCACAGCACCUGCCUUCAAACAUGAGAAAAAUAAUUUACGUUCUGCAAUUAUUAUUUUUUUCAUUCAGGAAAGGAAUGAGGUAAUUACAUGCACUGAACAUGCCAGCUGUUGACUUUUAUUGUGUUUUGAGUAACUUGUCAUCUCGACAAUAAAUUGUUGACAUUCCACUAAACAGAAA